CCGGCGGGUGUCGGGCCGGUGCCCGAGUCGAGGCUGUGGCCCCCGCGGCGGCCGCAGGAGGGGCGGCGGCGGCGGUGGGCGCCGCGGGCGAUGCCCCUGCCCGGCUGCUCCAGCGGGGGGCGGUGCGAGCAGCGGCGGCGGCGGUGGAGCAGGCGGGGGGCGGCGGCUGCGGCGGCUGCAGCAGAGGGGCCGAGAGCUGGCGGCGGCGGUGGCGAUCGUGAAGGGCAUCGUUGGCGGUGAUGGCCAUGUUGAUCUGAAGAUGGAAAGAGCCAGGCGAAGGGGAGGAGGAGGAGGAGGCGGCGGCGGCGUCCGCGGUCGCGGAGGCAAGAAUGUAGGGGGCUCUGGCCUGAGCAAGAGUAGACUCUAUCCCCAGGCCCAGCACUCCCACUACCCCCACUACGCGGCUGCAGCCACCCCUAAUCAAGCUGCAGGGGGCGCCGCUGAAAUCCAAGAGCUGGCUUCUAAACGAGUGGACAUCCAGAAAAAAAGGUUUUACCUAGACGUGAAGCAAAGCUCCCGGGGCCGGUUCCUAAAGAUAGCCGAAGUCUGGAUAGGGAGAGGCCGGCAGGACAAUAUCAGAAAGAGUAAACUGACCCUCUCCCUGUCUGUGGCUGCAGAGCUGAAGGACUGUCUAGGGGAUUUCAUCGAGCACUACGCCCACCUGGGCCUCAAAGGCCACCGGCAGGAGCAUGGCCAUAGCAAAGAGCAAGGCUCCAGGAGGAGACAGAAGCACUCGGCAUCCUCCCCACCAGUGUCCGUGGGGUCCGAAGAGCACCCUCACAAUGUCCUCAAAACAGACUACAUAGAGAGGGACAAUAGGAAAUACUAUCUCGACCUAAAGGAAAAUCAGCGUGGUCGCUUCCUAAGGAUUAGACAAACCAUGAUGCGGGGCAGUGGCAUGAUAGGUUAUUUUGGCCACGGUAUGGGUCAAGAACAGACGAUUGUCCUCCCAGCACAAGGAAUGAUUGAGUUUCGGGAUGCCUUGGUUCAGCUCAUAGAAGACUAUGGCGAAGGGGACAUAGAAGAACGAAGAGUUGGAGAGGAUGACCCAGUUGAACUCCCAGAGGGGACUUCUUUCAGAGUGGACAAUAAAAGGUUCUACUUUGAUGUGGGCUCUAAUAAAUAUGGAAUUUUCCUGAAGGUAAGUGAGGUGAGGCCACCUUACCGUAAUACUAUUACUGUUCCAUUCAAAGCUUGGACAAGGUUUGGGGAGAAUUUUAUCAAGUAUGAAGAAGAGAUGAGGAAAAUUUGCAACAGCCAUAAAGAAAAGAGAAUGGAUGGCAGAAGGGCCAGUGGUGAAGAACAAGAAUGCCUCGACUAGAGUGAAAUUGAACUCCAUCAGGCAAAAUUUUAAAUCGUAAAUUGGCUAGAAGUACUGAUCCAUAAUUAUUUGAAGUUUCUCCUCUUUUUUGGCCCUUGGUUAGUAAUACCUCUAGUAGUUUAUACUUCAAGGAGUCUGAUUCUCAUAUUAUGUUCUCCAUAUGAUACUAGUUUCUUAUGGGAAUUCCAGUCUUCCCAAAGGCAAAUAGUUUAGCAGCUUCAAAUACUCGAGACUAUUGAAGUAUGCAAAUCAGCACAAAAGUGACUUUCUUACACUCUUAAUACCAUAAUUAAGAUUUACAUUGCACUAUGACAUAAUACUGAAAAAAGGAAACAUAUACUUCAUAUGGAAGUGUACAAUUCUAUUUAAUAACCUCCCCCCCCCCCGAAAAGUAUUCUAUUCCUACAUCCUUAAAAGCUGCUUAAGCUUACCUGUAGGACAGUUACCACUGAAACAGAAAUCGAUCUCAAAGUUUAGUCUUACUCUGUUUAUUUAUGAAAGUACAAGUAGAAAUAUAGUGAUUGCCCAUUGGAUAACAGAGUAUUAGACUACCUUAAAAGAAUGAAAUCUUAAAGAAAUGAUACUAUUCUAUAAUUUCAAAUUUUGUGGUAACCCUACAGUUUAUAGUUGCCAUAUCAAAGUCAUGGGAGAGUUUUAGUUGAUAAUUCUAGUCACUUUCCUAUCAUUAUUUCUUUUUAUUGUACUAUAUAUGUUUUACUGACUCUUCAAAUUUUGAAGAAUUACUUUUAUGUCACUGUUGACAUAAAAGUUGAGUAGGAGUCUUCAUCCUAUGGCUUUGCUAUGGAAAUCUUGAUGUUUUAGCUUUUCAUGCUAAUUUGAAGGUUGUGAGGUCCUCCCCCCCCCCAAUAUAUCAUGAUUCAAGGUGUUAAUGUUGGAUUUUUUUUGUUUUGUUUUUGCUUCCUCUUUAACACUUUUUCUGAGGGGGUGGUGUACCAGUUAACUGAUAUAGAAUUACAUCUGUGAUAAUAUAUUUCAGUAGCACUUUUGCAAUUGCUACCUUUAAAAUUGUGUCAACACUUCCAAUUUAAACAUGACUUUUACAGAAAUUUUAAAUCCAGGAAAAAAAAACAUUUCUUUUAAAAUCUCAAUUUUCAGUCUAAGAAAAACAUUAUUUGAAGAUUGGUUAUAAAUGUAUUUGAAAGGAAAAUUCAGGCAUUUUCCAAGGUGCUCUUUAUGAUACUUAAUAUUAAAGUUUACUUUACGUAAGACUGACCCAUUUACCUGUAUUAAAAAUUUCAUUCCAGGAAGUGCCAGAGCAAUUUUUCAACACCUAAGCAAUUUUUAAACAAGUACACAGUGUAUAUGUAUACCAAUCCACCCUGUAUUAGCUAGCUGACAUUUAUUUAAGCUACAUUUUAUUCUGGCUGAAAUUAUAUUUUUAUCUUCACUUUAAUCAUCUCCUACACAGUCCAUAUAAUCAUGUUUAAGAGCCAGACACUGAUUUCAACCCCAAAUACACCUCUCAUUGAUGAAAACUAGCUGCAUGGAUUGAGAUCAGAAUGUAGCUCUUUUUUUUAUAUAUAUAUGCUGUCAGCAAUUCAAAAUUACUUUAACAAAUUUUUUCUUAAAAUGUUUGUUCCCAAUUAUAUUUAAAAAAGACCACUAAGAAAAUUUAUAUGAAUUAUGAAAAGUAAUUUCACCAGUCUAUGUUGCUUAAAAAGAAGUGGUUAGUAACUAAGACAUGUAUGCUGGUGUUGGUUAGCAGAUUGUAUUUUACAUUUCCUCAAUAGUAUGAAGGAAUCUCGUUAGUUUGUUAUAAUCGUGGACCAUCUGCAUCACUAUGGAACAACUAAUGGUUAGAAAAUAAUGUUAGUACUAGAGUUAAUAGCACAUGGUGGAUGUUGAGACUCUAAAAGUAGCAAAGGAUUUUUAAACAAUCCUAACUGUAAAAUAACUAUGUAGGCUUGGUGAAAAGUAGUUUUUGGUAUAUGAAGGAGUGGUGUGCACUUGAAUUACUGUACUACUGAUUGUUAUUGCUGCCCAUCAUAGUGCCUAUUAAUAAUCAACCUGUCAGAUUUUGGCAAACUAGAGCUGUUAAUAUUCCAGUAUUUUGAGUGUUCCUAUCAUUAUUGCUGUGACUGUAUUACUCUCUCUUAACACUACCCCUUUUAAAUAUUUAUAUCUAUUAAGUCUUAAUGAUUUCUUUUUUGGUUUUUAGUCUGAUAAAAUUUGAGUAUCUGUGCAUAUAUAUAUAUAUAUAUAUAUAUACACAUAUAUAUGUAUAUACACAUGUGUAUAUAUGUAUUAUAUAUACAUAUACACAAUACUCUGUCAGACUUAAAGAAUAUCUUUCAUUCGCUGUAUAUAAGUAUUAGUAGUCUGAUUUUGCAUUAUCUAAGUGAAAAAUUAGGCAGCCCACUUUUCUAUCUUUGUAUGUAUACUUCAGAAUUUUUGCCAUCUCAAAACUACAGAUCAGAUACACACACAUACACAUUAUACAUACUGGCAGUUGGAUACAGUUUAACCUUCUACCAGUCUAGUUGUUUCAUUUCUUCAUGGCUAGAUGUUUCCAUUGAAAAAUUAAAUUGUGCUAUGAUUUUUAAUGUUUAAAAUCCCCAAUCAUUCAUUAGCCAUCAUCAUGUAAGACCCACUUCAAAACUCUGGUAUUAGAACAUGUAUUUGCCAUGUAUCUUAUAAAAUAAGCUACUAUUCUUAUCUGUGCAAUAUACAUUUUAUUUAUUGUCAUUUGUAAUGUACAUGGAGUUGCAAAUGUACAUGGUAUUCUUCAAAAUAAUAGGAUUCCUGCCUUGACGACAUAUAAAGUCUUCAGGGCAAAUGGACAUUAGAAGUUUUUUAAUGAGCAUUAAAGUUAGUAACCAAAAUUGCUAGUUCACUGUAUAAUUCUAAAAUGCUGAUGAUAUUUGCACAUAAUAUUCCAAGAAUAAUGUGGUACAGACUCAAAACUGUAAUAAUAUAAGCUAAUAGUAUGAAAUUUGAAAACGGGUUCCUCAUAGUAGUUGGCAGUAUGCUCCUAGCAAUUGAAAGCAGCACUAAUCUGUUGCUUAUAUGCAAAAGAUGCAAUGUAUUAUAAAAGUAUUAAGGUUCUGCCACAUUUUAUAAUUUUCCUUGUUAAAGCCCCAAACUACCAUGUCCCUUAAACUUGAGUCAAACACAAGCUUAUUUGCACUAAAGAGCAUGGCCAAAAAAUAAAUGACAGGGUGGAAAAACUAUUUGGAACCUCUUGAAGUAAUUGGUUCUAAAGGGAGAAUUUCACAUUUGUCUAUUUGAAAGCUAUAUGGUCUAGGCAGACAAUCUGUCAGUUCACUAAUUUAAUAAUGCACUUUACCUUUUGUAUAUAGAUGAUGUACAUUUAUGCCACUUACAGGAGGGAUGUGUUUCAAUAACUAUGUAGUUAGACUGUAGGGUGAACUCUUGCAUGCAUAUGUUUGUGUUGAAACUGUUAUAACAACAUGUUUCCAUUAAAUGGGUGUAAUGGAGAUGGGUAGGAAAUGCUUUUGAAACAAGUCUCAGUACAUUUAAUGAAGAAUUUAGAGCUCAUAUUGGUAUUCUAAAAGGACUAGGACCAAUUGAAAAAAAAAAACUGUUUCUAGCCCAGGUUAGUUUUACAGCUGAGAACUUUAUCUAGUUGAAUUUCUCCAUCAUAAUACCUGGAAGUUAAUUUUGGCAAUUAGUGAUGACAAAAAUAUUUUAAUGAUUUUAUUUCAGUGUUUAUAUGUAUUUAAAUGACUGAUGGAAAGACAGUACAUGAUACUGUACUAGUAUUGAAAUUAUAGUUGACUGAGUUGACAUCAUUAAGAAAACACCUAGACUAAAGAAAUAAAGUUUGGAAUUUAGAAAGUGCAAAAAGGUAAAAGGCGUUUGCUAAAUAAAUAUUUCAAAACCUGUAGAAGAGCUAACUUUCACAAACCAAAAAGGGUAUUGGGAGAUUUUAGUGUAUUCCUCCAUCCUGAGAACUUCCUAAGAUGUAUAUUUGAAAAGUGAAUAAUUGUUGCUUAAUAAUAGGUUGUAUGUACUUUACUAAGAAGCACUGUGUACUAACAACUCAUAAAGAGUAUGCUAUAUUUACUGCAUUCAUUUUAUAUCUAUGGAUAAGAAUACAUUAUAUAUACUCAUCCUAUCUUAAUAUAAUCUGUAUUGAAUUGUAAUUUUGCAAAUAUUUUCAGUAAAAUAAACAUUUAUCUAAGCUGCACAA